AUGGCUGACUCUCCUCUCUGCUGCUCGAAAUUUCUCCAGACACAGAAUCUUGCCUGUUUCCUCACAAACCCACACUGUGGCAGCCUUAUUAAUGCAGAUGGCCAUGCUGAAGUGUGGACAGAUUGGAACGAUAUGUCCAAGUUUUUCCAGUACGGAUGGAGAUGCACUACUAAUGAGAAUUCUUAUUCAAAUUGUACCUUGAUAGGCAACUGGAACCAAGAAAGAUAUGACCUAAGGAAUAUCGUACAGCCUAAACCCUUGCCUUCCCAAGAUUUAAGCGAGAGCCUCACUGGUUCCCAGGACAUCAACCUGAACUAG